AUGCCACCAAGUUCCAAUCUUCGAAACACUGAAUACGAUUUGUGCUGGAGAACGCAGAAAGGAGAUGUGUUGGAAAACAAAGGAUAUCUCAAAGACUGUCACAAUCAAUCACAAACUUUCAAUAAUCGAUCAUACAAUUUCAACGAUAUUUGUGUGCUGUCGAAAGAAUGUAUUUCAGCAUAUAGAAUCAGAGACGGUGUGAAGAAUUGUGCCAGCGAAGGCGAUGAAUCAACAGACGAACUUGCUUUAACGACCUGUUCAAAUAUUCGACGUCAUCGUUUCCGUUGUUCCAUUGAGGAACCAGCUUGCUUAAGUGUCACGUCUCUAGGCAAUCAUCUAGAUAAUUGCAGAAAUAGUUUCGACGAAUUAUGGAUGGGUACGAAUAUGAAACUGUCUAAUAUGAAUUGCAAUAGUGAAUCGACUCUUGAGUGUGAUGUUCUUCGUCAGUACAUUGAAACAUCAUGGAUAUCGAUCGAUAAAAAUCAAUCCUCUGUGCAAUUUAAACUUUCAUUUCGUGCUUAUUGUGACACAUUUUGGAAUCUACCUUCGCACGAGGACGAGAACUCGACUGAGUGUCAGAAGUCGUGGGUGUGUUUAGAGGAGCAAUGGCAGUGUCACACAGGACAAUGUAUCGAUAAAAACUGGGUACUGGAUGGAGAAUGGGAUUGCCCUGAUGCAUCAGAUGAAGAAGCAAUUUUCGAUUGGGGAAUAUCAGACCGAAAUGCACAAGUUAUUCAACUUUCUGUACUUGAAGAAAAAUUUUACAGGUAUCAUGGUGCUCAACCGUUUUCUGCGUUCUGUAAUCUAAGUGAAGAAUUUCCAUGUUUACGUGCUGAUAUGCCUAAUGAACUUCAUAAUUUUACACACUACCGACCUUGUAUCAACCGACGACAGAUUGGAGAUGGUCGUGUCGACUGUUAUGGCGCCAUAGACGAACGAAAUACUCUACCAUCCUGCCAUCGACCGACAAUGCUCGGAUACUACUUCGCAUGUUUAUCACAUUAUAUAUGUAUUCCAUAUUCUAAACAUUGCAGUUCAGAAACAUGUAGAGAUACAUCUAACGAUCAUUUCUGGUGCGAUCGUUUUAAACGUUCAUUGUUCUUUGAUGGAAAGACAGAUUUUGUCUGUAUCAACGGAUCCGACACAAAAGAUGGUAGAUGUAAUCGCAUUUGGAACUGUCCUUUUGGUGAAGAUGAAUACAUGUGUGAUUACGAAAAUAAACUGAAACAAGUGCUCGUAUCCUAUCGUGACGUGAAAGGAUUGAAUGCAAAGAACAACAAGAAGAUGCUUCCUCUUCACCACUUUCCAGAGAAUAUAAACGCAAGCAAACUUGCAAAUGAUUCAAUCGUAACAACUCAAAAGAACUUCACGGGAACAGUCGCUCCUAAUCUCACAUCAUCAUUAAUUCCUUAUAUAUGCAAUCGUGGUGUUGGUGUUCAAAUGUACAAUGGUUCAACGAUCUGCUUCUGUCCACCACAGUACCAUGGCGAGAAAUGUCAAUUUCAUAGUGAUCGAGUCUCCGUUCUUUUUCACCUCAAUCUUUCUCAAUCAAUUUAUACGACCGAGAGCGAUCCCACUAUUGUCGUUAAACUGCUUGCGCUAUUCAUGUUCAACAAUGAAACACUCGCUGCUGCCGAAUUUUGGAACCAAGAAUAA